AUGAAGCAUUUAUUUGUCCAAAUUUUACCCAUCAUUUGGUUGACAACAGUUAAUGGCCGUGAAUGGAAAACAUUUGAAGUUCGCUGGAAUGUUCCAACUCAUCAGUGUAAGAAUUGGUCAGAAAUACAAAAACCGGAACAUUACGGUAUUCUCGUGAAUGAUGAAUAUAAAUUUUACGGUAAUGUUGUUGUUACUUUGUAUGAGGAAAAAUUCGGUUUAUAUCCGUACUACAAAAAUUAUUCUAAUCUAUCAUCGGCAGUUAAUGGUGGCAUUCCUCAGCGUGCUAAUCUCACAGAACAUUUGUUAAAAGUUGAAAAUGACACAAUAAAUGCAAUACCAAAUGAAAAUUUUGACGGUUUGGCUAUAAUUGAUUACGAGAAAUGGCGACCAUUAUAUGAGCAUAAUUGGAGUACAAAACGAAUUUAUCGAAAUGCAUCGAUAGAUUAUGUUAAGGAAAGAUAUGAAAAUAUUACUCAGGAAAAUGCUACAUCAAUUGCUAUAAAAGAAUUCAAUGAAGCAGCAAUGAAAUUUUUAACAGCAACUAUUCGUGAAGUGAAAAGAAUUCGACCUAAAGCGCUUUGGGGUUUUUAUGGAAUGCCAUUUUGUAAUUACAGCGCAGGAAUAAAUGGUACUGUAGCAUGCGGAGAAGUAUAUGAAGAAUUUAAUGAUCGACUAAAACCAUUGUAUAUGGAAGCUACCGCUCUUUAUCCAUCAAUUUAUCUACCAAGAAGGAAUAGUGGUGCUGGUGGUUGCUUAUAUGUCACUUCAGUCCUUCAAGAGGCUAAACGUUGCGCGGAAAAACUGAAACCAAGCGUACCAAUAUUUACAUUCAUUGGAUUUGAAUAUUUUCCAUUAAAUCUUACUGAUCCAUUUUAUACCGAACAAGAUUUAUUCAAUUCACUGCAUAGAUCAUUUGAUAUGGGUAUCCAAGGUGCUAUCAUUUGGUCAACAUCCAAAGAUAUGGCAAAUCGAUGCCUUAGUAUCGGAAACUAUAUUCGUGAUCAUCUUGGUCCUGAGGUCGAAAAUUUGAAAAAACUUAGUGAAAUUUGUGAUAAUGCUAAAACGAACAGGAUUACUGCAAAUUAUACUCAUGAACCUCUCUGUGCAAUGAGAAAUGGACUAUAUAAAUAUUGUCAUAAGAUAAACAAAAAGUGGGAUCAUUCUUUUUCAACUUCCAUCGUUUCAACCUCUACUGUAACCAGCAAAAAAAAGGCUAAAUGA